CUUGGUAAGAUGACGGGCUAGUUUAUGAACAACGUAAACUUAAUUAAAAGUUACCUUUAUUAUAAAUUAAAUUGGUUAUUUAUAAAAAGUUACUGAGCAGAAAAUGUCGACCGCACGUUAGCUUUUUACAUGGGAACAUUGCUACGUGGUCAAUACAGCUUUACCCUAAAACGAUCUUUUCAAUGACGCACGUCUCCCGCGAAACUCAGUUGAGAAGGCGGAAGUUAAGCUAAGCGCCUUAGAGAUGAGUAAAAAGGACAACGGUGCAUCACUGAUCCUCGCCUAUCUGAAUGAGAAGAACAGGCCCUACAGUGCCCAAGAUGUCUUCUGUAAUCUACAAAAGCAGCAUGGAUUGGGAAAAACUGCAGUGGUCAAAGCCAUGGAGUUGCUGGCCCUUGAAGGCAAGAUAAAAGAGAAAACUUACGGCAAGCAAAAGAUCUACUUCGCUGAUCAGGUUCAGUUCCAAGACGUUAGUGAUGCAGACCUGAAAGCGAUGGACUCACAGAUUACAGAGCUCAGCGCAGAGGCCCAGUCGCUUACACAGAGCUGCAGACAGUUAGAUGCAGAACUGAAGGAGCUCAACAGUUCCUUCACCACAGAGGAAAUGAAGGCAGAAAUCCAGGAGCUGAAAGCUGAGUGUUGUGGCUACAGAGCACGGUUGGAGAAGAUAAAGUCGGCCACGAACCACGUCACACCUGAGGAGAAAGAAAAGGUUUACAAAGAACAAACUCUUUAUGUGAAAGAGUGGAAGAAGAGGAAGAGACUGGCUUCGGACAUGAUAAAUGCGAUUCUGGAGGGAUAUCCUAAAAGCAAAAAAGAAUUCUUGGAAGAGGUUGGAUUAGAGACUGAUGAGGAUUGUAAAGUGGUUGUGCCAAGUACUUAAAAAGAGAUUUGGGAAAUUAUUCAAAGAAUAACCUUUACUGUUUGCCCAUUUAUGUUUAUUUUUCAUUAUUCUUAAAUGUAUGAUAUGUGUUUCUGAUGUUUAUUAUAAAGCAGUGAUGGUUAGUGUUGACUUAUUGAUAUCAUUUUCUUUAAAAUACAUUUUUUCACCCAGGCAGUAUUGGUUCUAAUUAUUAUCACAACUGGAAGUUUAGGCCAUUUUUUUCAGAUAGCAACAACAAAACUAUUAUAAUAAUUAAUUUCCUAUUAAAUUAUUUUGGCAAAAUGUUUCUCAAAGAGUU